ACUAACUUAAAAAUAAUCAUCAAUUGUUCUUGUACAAGGUUCACCACCUCUUGACACUGCCCCAACCCCGGCGCUUCUGCCUCCCUACCAUUCGACCAUAAGGCUGAAGUUAUUUUUGCCCGUGUUUGGCAUGAUAUUUCAACGUCCACUGUUCCCCGGUUUUCUUCCUGCUUGUCAUCUUCUCUCCACAUUUAUCAAUUCCUCAACUCAAAUUAAACGCUGCAAACAAUUCGGGUACUAGUUACCGAGGUCUGCUCCGCAGUUCUCCGAGUGAUCAGCACGCGCAGCAAAAAUGCCUUUGCGAGAGAUACUUCACAAGAAGGACAGAAUCAACGAUACCAGUGACCAAUAUGCGGCUGGUGUCCCUUCCUCGUUUCUGAGCCCGGUGCCUCAAAUUAUUCGAUCCGAUACCACCUCCCAAGAAGUCGUCACCCCACCCAUCUAUGACGGCGAUGAUGUCUACCACCAUCAGAACACACAUCUCGAAGUGUCGCCGCCUAGCUCUUCGUCGCGCCGUCGGUCACUGAAUCCAUUCAAUCGUUCGAGAGCGCCAUCUGAGUCCCUAGGAUCUCCGCCGUCUCAACCGCGCGAAAGAAGGCUGUCGCAAUUGCUCCAUCGUGAUCGGGGCAGCUCGCGGAAAUCUAUCGCUACCUCGACCAAUAUCCCGUCAGACCUUCCGCAGAUAAAUAAUGUGAAAGGCGAUGAGCAGGAGAGAGAAGCUCAAUGGGAGAAACGAGCAACGGUCUUGGUGCAGCGCAACCCGAAUCUUGGAUCGCCGUUAUCACCUACUUCGCCGGGCUUUGGAAGAAACAGUAUAGAUUCGCGGUCAAGGAGCUCUAGUCGAAGUGGUUUGAGUGACCCUCAAGGAGAUGUGAACAUCCAAGAAGCAAUUCGGCUCCAUGAAGCUGGAGAACUGGAGAAGUCAACAGAGAUGUUUCGUCGGUUGGCAGACCCCAACGGCGCAAACAAUGCACUGAGUCAAGUACUAUACGGCCUCGCACUAAGGCAUGGAUGGGGAUGCCCCAAAUCGGAAGAACAGGCGGUGACCUAUCUCUCGGCUGCGGCAUCUAAUUCGGCAUUGAUUGAGUCCCAGGCUCUCCAAGCAGGCAUCAAAAAGGGCGGUGCAGCUAAGGGAGAAUUGGUCCUUGCUAUCUUUGAGUUGGGUAACUGCUUCCGCAACGGCUGGGGAGUCAAGAAAGACCCUGCGGCAGCGCGACAGUACUUCGAAACGGCCGCGAAUCUAGGUGACACUGACGCCAUGAAUGAGGUCGCGUGGUGUUACCUAGAGGGUUUUGGCGGGAAAAAAGAUAAGUUCGCGGCUGCUAAAUAUUACCGAUUGGCCGAACAGAAAGGAAGUAAAUUAGUUGGGAAUUCUUGGAUAUGGAAAGAGAAGUACGAUCCCAAGUGAACCGAAUGCUCCCGGUACCUUACAGCCUCGUUCCACCGAGAAACCCCGUCUAUGAGCCCGUCUCUUUGCUCAUCAGAUGACUUGACUACAUCAUUGGAGAUAGAGUUAUCGCUCAGCUACCGAGGUCAGCCAGCCAAACGUCUUCGCUCAUAGGAUGAGAGGGGAGAUCAUCGCCCCGAUGAUUGAGGGUAGCCUAUAGGGGAGCACGCUGCACACCUACCUUUCACUUCAUUGCUAUUCACGAUCCAUACCUUGUACCACAAAUGGAACGUGCUAAUAUGAUCUAACCUUUAACCAAGUGACUUGGAACGAAUGUUGAUGACCCAAUGCCAGCCUCAUUUUGAUGGCAACCCAAUCUAUACCAUCGGUACUUUUGCUUAGUGUUUAUUUUCUCAUAAUUUUCUAUUUCACUUUAUUUGGUUUGUCAUUCUUGAUUCCCUGUUUUAAUUAGUUGAUGUAAUAUUGACCACAGUACUUUGCUCUAUUUGCCAAUCUACUGUUGCUUCUCUUGCAUUUGGAUGCCUUGUGUCCUUACCGCGUCCAUUAGUUGUAUGACCUGUUGCUGGAGGGCUUGUGACUAAGGGACAGUUUGAGUAUGCAUUUUGAUUUUUUCCUCUGAUGGAUACUACACGCUUUUCUAUUUGGGACUAUGAAUAGAUUCUAGGAAUUCGGUAUGAAACUGUCC